AAACGUUUGGAUGCUUCGAGUACACGUGCGCGUGUCGUUUUGUGGAAGUUUAGUGCGUAGAGCCAAAUGCGAAGGUUUUUUAACCGAACGGAACUCUUGACAGACGCGAAUAUUUGUGGGAAUUACCGUUUAAGUUGACGUCCACGAUAAUUCACCCAGCCUUUAACAUGACAGAGGUUUCUUCAAAUCACUCUUCCAACGACACCGAAGGGUCGUAAGUAUUGUCUUUUUUAUGAAUUCGGAUAUUCUUAAAAUAGACUUCCGGUUUAUGUCAAACUUCUACGAAAACAAAGCUUUCCUUGAACCGAGCCGAUUCCUGCAGCAACAGUCGAUAAGUUUGUGCGAUUUAAAUACCAUUUGGAUUCCACCAUAAUUAUUGCUGGAGAAGAGUUCUGCUUUGACAUUCAACCCGUUUAGAAUUUUCAAGGUAAAAGAUUAUCGUUAUGUUCUCUAGAACUCCACUUUCUAAGCAAUAUUUAUCCACAGGAAUAUUCAUAGUACUUCAUACAGUGUCCACUUAUAUGCUAAACUUCAUGCGUGCUUCAGAAGAAUGUUGAAUGAACGUCGAAUGUCGGCCAUUUCGACAGCGUCACGCAAUGACAACGUCUUCAGGCAAACAUCACGCCGCAUAUCAGUUUAUUUUGACGAGUUUUAUAGGCACAAAGUUUUCAAAAAGAAAAAACAACAAACAAGCAAACUACAGGUAACUUAUUUAGAAAUGAGUGAAGCGCCUGGCAACCACAAGGUGGCAAAUUUGAUUUUCAAACUUUCAUUAAUCCGCGAAGGUUUCCAUGAAACGUCGUGGUUUGAACGUGAAUUUCUCAGACAAAUUUGACAUUUUGAUAAUUAUCAGAAAAGCUUGGCCACGCGUCACGCAGUCUCCCUUUGUAGAAUUCUCAGAAAGUUUCACAUACCACUAUUGUUCUUCAUGUGUAACGAUCACUUAUAAACCGAUAUGAUUGAUUGAUGUUUUUAUAUAUGUUUUGUUGCGUUACAGUUCAUGUGUACAGACUGAGAGGAAAUUUGAUCAUGGAUGUCUCGCUCCCGCGGUAAGUGAACAAGCGUCUGAACAGGCAGGAAGUGCUGAUAAAACAAACGGAUAAAGAGAUGGGAAGAUAAACUAUCUAGCUCCCAGUUUAUAAUUCUCUUUAUUUAAUCGAACUCUUUCCGCUUACUUCGUUCAUUCGUUUGUUCGUUCGACCAGUUCGUUCAUGCGUUGACAUGUUGUUGUUUUUCUUGUGGGGUUGUGUGGCCGAGUGUUUAGACCGCUGGACUUGUAAUCUGGUGGUCGCGAGUUUAAGUCUCCCAUCCUGCUACUCAUGGAGUUUGUUUUCAGUUGCCCCAAGUUCAACCCCUUUGCUUGCUGGUUGCCUCCACCUGGUCGGGUUUUUAUAAAAGACGUUUUGUGUCUUCGUUUCGUUACAAUUUGUUUCAGUGGAUAAGAAGAGCCACCUCGUAGAGUUUCAACAGCUUAAUCCCAUUAUUGUUAGUAUUAAUAUUAUUAUUAUUAUUAUUAUUAUUAUUAUAUGUAGAGCUUUAUUCACAACUCAGUCAGAAUAUUUUCAGAUGGAUACGGAACGAAAACAAAUCGUGCUUUAUGUACAAAAAUGUAUAUUGACUCCGAAGAACUUGCAUAGCUAAAGCAAAAUAAGAGUUCACUGGUAAAAUUAUCAACAUAAAAAGCAACUAUUUAGAAAUCAAUCUUUCAAAUAGUUGUGAAAGAUAAAUAGUCUAAAAGUCAAUAUUUAAAUAUUGUUUAUUAUCACUAUAAUUAUUAUAUUUCCAAGGCUUCGCAGCAGCACGAAGUAAGAUAUCGCUUUGAUGAACCUCACGAUGCUUUUGAAAUUCAUUUUUUUAAUUUUAUAUUAUCAUUGUUUUCUUUUUAUUUCUCUUCAUUUUUCGCUCAUGGGAUUCGUUCAGUUUGUGCGUUCGUUUAUUAGCCCAGUUUCUUUGUCCGUUCGUGGGUUCUUCAUUCGUGUUCGUUUUCCGUUCAGUUCGUCCUCGGUGCUCGUUCGUCAGCUGGUUCGAUCGGUUCGUUCGUUCAUUUGUUCUGCAGUUCAGUUCGUUUGUUCUUUAUUUCGUCUGUUAGUUUUGUUCUUUCAUUCAUCAGUUCGUUUGCUCUUUCAUUCAGUAGAUUGUUCUCAACCGCUCGAAAUUCUCCCCCAAUAGUCCAUUUUACAGUUGUGUGCUUGGUUUCCAAGCCUUUGAACAGAAGUAAGGCUAAGGUUGACCUUGAUUUCAUACAAAUCUAACAGUUUUUCAAUCGAAAAUUACUUUGUUAUCGAUCAUGCUAACUAGAUACAGGUCUCCAUCACAACAAGGUCACCUUCACCCUCUCUCCAAGUCAAAGGGUUGGUAACUAAGUACACAACUGUAAAAUGGCCUAUUUUACACAACACUAUUCUUCUCUUUUCCAUAGAUUGUCAUUAUUUUGAUACUGUCAUGUCUCAAACGUCGUAGCAGUUGGAAACUUGAAUAUUGCAAAGGAUACCCCGGGUUGUUAAUGUAAGUUGAAGCUCCGUUUCUAUCUUGGUAGUGGAAACAAACCUAUAAAUAAUGACUUUGGAGCUACAAUUUGUAUUUGUAUGUUUCAGACCAAUCAAUUUCUUGGGAGGAAUGGACAAAAUCAACAGGUAUACUAUCGCUAUUACCUUUGGAGCAACAGCCAGUACCUUCUUCUCUAACUCAACAUUGGAAUUCGCAGACCCACCAUGGUUAUCAGGUUAGCAGAUCCACAGGCUUCCCAAACAUACGAUGAUAGCAGAGUCUGCGCAUUGGCGAUUUUUGUCUUGAGAAUCUCUCGGAUUACUGCUAUUUGCAAAAGAUUUUGCGAAAAAGUGGAUUACUUAAGUUAGAGAGACUAUCAAAGGUCGGUACUUUUAAGGAAGGAAGGUGACAAUGACCACGGAUUUCUCUAAAAUGUUUUAUGCGAUAGAAUUGCUUUGCAGGAUAUACAGAGAACAAACUCAUGCGGAAAUGAGCAUACCCAUCUUCUUCAAUUACGCCCUACAUUAAUAUUAUGCCUUGCAUUAGGUUUAUUACCCUGCACUAACCACAAUGUGCGUUAUCUUUCUUUUUAGUUUUUUCUGCUCUUUUUUCUGUUCUUGAGUAUGGAAUCCUGUUCUACCCAUUUUUUGCCUGUUUGACAACUGAGAACAGACUGGCUGGCUCUUUGCUGGGUUUUCUUUAUGCUACCAUGAGGUAAGACCAAUGUCAUCUACAAAUAGGCCAUGACUGAAUCCUUUAACUCCUAUGAAUGUUCAAGACAGAAUUUCUCCUUUCAACAUCAAUUACAUAUUAGGCAGAAAAUUGAUGAGAAUGAAGAAAAUAUCAAGGAGGGGAUUAUAAGUUGAUCCAAUACCAAAUUCUCCAAAUUAACAUCCUCUGAUUUGUGUGGCAGACAGUAAGGGGAAUUACUAAUCUGAUCUUGGGAAUAAAAGGUAGUUUAAAAGCAGUUUUUGUUAAAACUUUCCGAAGGCAUUCGUUCAAAUUAGGAUUUCUCUUUCCUCCUCUUUUCUCCCCUACUGUGUUUUUUUCCUUUAUUUACGUUUGGCGCACGUUCAAUGUGACGAAGGGUUGACGUUCGAAACGACAGCUUUUUUACUCUUUACAGUAGCUGAGUUACGUUUUCAACUCAGUUGUUAACACUAAAUUACCUGCUAUCCUCUCGCACCGACGCAGCACCACAGUUUCUUUAUUAUUUUUGACAGUCCGUUUCUCCACCAGCCAGUCGGUCAGUAAACUAUUCAAUUAGACGGUAAACCAGUCAGUCAGGCAGUCAGUCCCUUAUAUAGUUAGUCAGUCAGUCAGUUAGCCAUUCAGUUAGUCCAUCGGUGAACCAGCCAGUUAGUCAGUAAGUGAAUCAGUCAAUCAACCAUGAAUUGUUUAGGUGUUGAAAGAAUAAUUCGUAAACUCCCACAAAAACACAGUUAUAUCUUUUUGUUUUUCGUUCAUUAUUUUCAGAUUCAUCGUUGGACUUGUGAUUGAAUUUCAGUGCACGGAAUCUUAUGUAGUAAGAAACAUAGUUUUAAUAAUAAAAAUAAUAUUCAUCAUCAUUAUCAUCGUCAUCAUCAUCAUCAUCAUCAUCAUGUAAAUAUCUGGCAUUCGCCAAGGUGCUUGUUGUUAUAGUAGUUAAUCUAUUUUCAUUCCUAUUUAUUGAUUUUUUUCCGAUGAGCCAUUGGCUAGGCACAGUGGUCAAAUUCUGCUUAUAUAUAAAAGUUAUAAAGACUAUGAGACGUGCUUUUGGGCUGUCAGAACCAAGUUGACUCACAAAACUGAGUCACCAAACACCACGCAGGUUAGUGAGUCGUGGUGUUUUAGAACUGUAUGACCUGAUUGGUGAAGCUCGAAACAGAAUGGUAAAUCAACGGGAUACCCGUGCUUGAAUAACCUUUGUGUUCAAUAAGUCUCGAGUUUUCCUUUUGUUUUAUUUAUUGGUUUCCUGAACAUUCCAACUUUUUUCUGCUUAGUUUGUGAGACAGCGGUUCAUAUGUUUUCCUCAGGAACUUUACGCGGGAGAUUGGCGCGCGAGCGCCCAAAUUUGAUCCCCUCACGCAUGCCCUAAGCUUGACCGCUGAGUUGCGCGCGCUGGUGUGUUUAAUCAUUCACCUCCUCGCCCUCUCGUCCCUUCCUUUGUUCUUUCGUUUGCUCGUUCUUGCGUUUUUUCGUUUGUUUAUUCCUGAGGCUAGUCGACUAAAGAAUUCAUUCUCUUAAGCCACCGAGCUCUGCUCUGCAUGAACUUGCAAAUUGAAGUUUUCAUUUUAUUCUUUUAGGAAGAUAUAAAAACCAAGCAAUAUAUUGAAUUCCUUGGCAAAGUUCCCACUUACCUCUGUCUACUGUUCAUUGCUCUGAGGUUUGCUGUGCUACUUGUUUUGCAAAUAAAGCAGUGCCGAGUGCUGUCAUCUUGGGUAAGUUCCGCUUGUUAAAAAGACGAUGUUACUCGUUUAUAGUAUGAAAAUUUAAUUUUAAAAAAAUUAAAUCACGAAAAAUUCCGCUGAUAAUCAUCCCGCGAGGUAAGGGAAUAAUCAUUAUUUUAACCUGGGGGGAGGGGGGGUUGGUGGGUGGUUUGCAGGAUUUUGGGGAGAUGACAUGGCUUUUAUCACCGGAGGGGAGAUUAGUCGGCCAGAAUUUAUCUUUGGGUAAUCUCUCCAAAAUUCGUUGCCUAUUAGGGAGGAUACUAGAAUACUACAAAGGCUUAGUUAGGGAAUCAGGUAAGUUUUAUAGCGAUACAAGCAGAAUCCUCCUAUUUUCCGUCAACUCCCCCCCCUCCCUUCCCGAUAAAUGGAGACCGAUUCCUAAAAACGCCGUAAUUUUCUAUCAGUCCGAUGGAAACAUUUUGAAUUAUGUGUCAGGUGGUAAUCUCGACAGUAAAAUCUCAGAUUUUCUUUUCCAUAUAUGCUCCCGUUUUGUUUAUUAUUAUCUUUCUGGUGUCUAUGUACCAACGAUCCCUCUCCACUGCCCCUGAAAACUAUGUGAUCCCCCAAGCAUCAGCCAUCCCCAAUAUGGAAAGUUUCCAACGACUCUACUUCUUCCCCAAAACCACAAAUUUAUGCAAAUUUCGCAAAAUCCUUUCUAACUUCUGCACUGUACAGCACUAUUCAGAAAUUUUGGGGGCUGAUGAACAUCACACCUGUUUGAUCGAAGCAUCAGGGCGUAUUCACGUCAAGCAGCUGCUGACUUUAGGAUCGAAUACGUAAGUAUGUUGUUCUCCUGUUUAGCCCAAAGAUGACAUGGGGUUGGCGUUCAAAAUGUGGCUGCUCGCUUGUGCAUGUGCAAAUUAGGUGGAGUGCUUUCAGUUUGUGAAGCUCAAGUUGUGUCACAUGAGUUAGUAAGUCAGAGUAAUUUAAAGGCGUAUAACUUUUGUGGUAAAGCUCAAAACAGAUUGGCAAAUCAACAGGAAACUCGUACUUGAAUAAGCUUUGUGUUCGAAAACUCUCGAGUUCUCCUUUUCCCUACUUUUGUUUCCUUUCACAGAUUUCUAAUAAGAUUUCAAUUUUCUUUCACUCAUAUUGUAAGACAAAAGUUGUUUCUCAUGCUUUCCUUUGAAAUUUUGCGCGGGAAAUCAGCGCGCGGCUGGCCAGAAUUGAUCUCCUCGUGCAUGCCCGACGUGCAGACGCUGUGUCUCUCUCACCCAGCCCCUCUCCCAUGAAAUUACUUCCCCAAGAGAUGAAGAGAGGAGAAACUGGGAACGAUUUUGGGUCGCUCGUAGACUUACGAAUUGUCGCGAGUGGAGAACAAUCAAAACACCACUGGUGAGGUUCGUGAUUUUCCCCAGAAUUCAUCCGGUAAAUUCCAGAAGGUUAACUGGAACUGUUUGGUAAUUCGAUUCGAAAAUAGUCUAUCACUGGUGCGAAAUAGGCAUUAGUCAGUAAGCGACCGUCCAUUACUCAUCGCAGGGAAGGAAGGGGAAAAGGGGGUCUCUCAUUAGGCUCUGUGAUAUUGUUUUGAUCCCCCUUACUGGCAGUUAUAGAGCAGUUAAGUUUUUAUAGUAUCCCUUUUAUACCUUACUAACAACGACAAAUUCCCCCUCAUUCCCCCCUGAAAGCCAUGCGACUCCCUCCCCUCUACUACCACCUCAAAAAAAUCUUUUGACCCACCCCCUUCCCCAGUGAUGAAUAAUGCCCGGCCCCUCAGUGGAAAACAAUUGUUAUCCUAUAAAGCUAAAGUAGAAAUUGACAUUGGAAUAAUUAAGUUCCAGAACCAUGGCUGACGAGAAAUGGUACAAGAGGCUGAUCUGUAAAAUCUACAGACCGAGAGGAGGUUGGUUCCAUCAAUCUGAUUGCUUCUAAUAGACAAUAAAACUCUUUUGGUUGGAAUUUAAUAUUGAGAUUAACUUCCAAUAUUGCUUAACCCUGUAACUCCCAUGAAUGACAAAGAAAGAAUUUCUUCUCACAAUAUCCUUACAAUAUCAAGUACACAAGUGAUGAGAAUGAAGAGAAAUAUCAUUUAGGGGAAUAUCAGUUGAUCCAAUACAAAAUUCUCUGAACUGACAUCGUAAUAAUUGUAUGAAAAACAGUAGAGAGAAUUGCUAAUGAGAUCUUGGGAGCAGAAGGCUCAAUGACAAGAGGGAUAGUCAGUUGAUCCAAUACGAAAUUCUCUGAACUGACAUCGUAAUAAUUGUAUGGCAAACAGUAGAGAGAAUUGCUAAUGAGAUCUUGGGAGCAGAAGGCUCAAUGACAAGAGGGAUAGUAAGGGGGUAAGUUUCUAAAGAAACAGCGGUGCUGCGUUGGUGGGAGAGUAUAAAAAAGAAAUUUGGUAUCAUCACCUGAGGUUAAAAGCGUAAACUGGCCUCCGUUAAGAUUUCUAAAGCUGGAAGUUGGAGCGUUAGCCCUUCGUUAAUCGCUCUGACGAAGGGCUAACGCUCGAAACGUCAGCUUUGAAACUCCUUACGGCGGCAAAUUUACGUGUUCAACUCAGUUGAUAAUACUAAAUUCCCUAGUCAAGAAUUACCUCGGUGACGAAUAACCGAUGAAAAUUGACCUGCCGGUUUCUUUAUCGAUUCUACGCUCCUUGCUAGACAGUUUACCCUUUAACUCCCACGAUCUGAUUGCCAACUCUUUCCUCAAGCUGUUAUACAUUUCCUUGUAAAUCAGUUACGUGAAUUUGGUGUUAGGUCAAGCGAGAUACAACUUCUACUCAAAACGUUUGAGUGUACAGCUUACCUGUUUUCCUUUUUACCUUUUACUUUAUUGGAAGUUGAAGGGUUAACACUCGUGUUCUUUUUCACUCUCACGAAUUGGAGGUGCAUUUGUUAAUGGUGCAUGCCACUCAAAACUAAUUCAGUGUUUUAUUUAGUUCUUUUCAGGUACUUUCCUGAUAUUUUCUUAGUUCAGUUUAGUUUUGUCUAUAUUCUAAAUUUUUGAUUAAUAGUGUUUGACAAAAAUAUGAAACUGAUACAUAGAUUUUAUUUCAGAUUUUAAAUUCUCAACGCAGUUAAUUUCCACCUUAGUGGUUGCAGGAAUAAUUGUGUUUCAGGUCAGUUUGAUUUUUCCGUGUCAUGUAACUGCAAUGACUUCGGUUGCGCCCACUGUUCACAAGCUAUCUGGAUAAAUUUUCUACCGAAAACGGAGCUAUUAAAAAACCUUCUUCACAUUAAAACGCAGCCUUAAACUAAGAUUGGAGCAGCUUUCCUCGCAAAUUCGCAUAAAUUUUCGCUGCAUUAUUACGUAAAAAAAUAUCGUAUUUUUUCACGUGUGUUGUAACAGCUUUUAUUACAUAAACUGCGGUGUUACACAAGGAUUUCCGGCCCGGAGAAAAGCCGUAACAACACACGUGAAAAAAUAUCGUGUCUUUUUACGUGUGUUGAUAUAGUCAAUCAGCUGCUUACACGUUACUCGCCUUUGACGUCACACGGCCAGGUUGAUGAAUGAACGGCCUUCACGAUUCUCAAUACAAGUUGUUUGUCGGAGCUUUCUGGCGGCUUAAACACUAAACAAUCCGUAUCGCUAACAGACAAUGAGGUUCAAACUUUCCUAGAAGAGGAAGAAAACCAAUAUACUAAAAGAAAAGCCGAAAGUUGCGUAUUCAGUGGCUUUGGUGGUAGCAUUUCUCUCGGCUGAGAAUAAAAAUCGACUACCAGAUGAUUUGCUACUGGCCGAUUUUGGCCGUUUACCUGAAAGACUUCUCCUGCCGGUAAGAACAAAGUCAAUAAAUGAGAAUUUUGUAAAUCGAAAAUUACGGCCAUUGUUGUUUUUAUAAUCAUGAUUCAACGCAUUUUUCCAUCUUAAGAGUGAGCGCCAACGCACUCUACCAUUGUUAUUCGAGGAUUGUUGAUUCAUUUAUUUUCAUUCAUUAAUGAAGUCGGCUUUUCUUCCCCACUGAAGGGCUAUUGUGUUUAUAUGAUAAACAAAAUAAUACAGGGUUGCUUGCAGAUAUGGAAUUUCUCUUAUCGUGUUCAACUUGACAUCUCACGAGUGAGCGCAGCAGUUAAACACUCGAAGAGAAAUUCCAUAUCUACGCACGCCCAUGUAUUAUUCUCUAUUUCUCAGGGCUGGAAGUCCUUGUAUAACACCGUAGUUUUUAUGAUAAACGCCAAAUAAUUAAAAAAAAUACUAUUUCUUCUUAUAUUUUUUUUCAGGUUAUGUUGCAUUAUCUCUCGUUGUUUGAUUACUACGAAAAAGAAGUUGUCUCGUCUUGUGUUCACGACCCCAUUUGUCGGGGAUUUGUUCCUCUCUUAUUUCGUAAGUUUAAGGCAUUUUUUGGAAUCUAUUGGUGAAAAUAAACUAACUGUUUUGUAUAGGAACUAUAACCUUGUAAGUAAUGUGUUUUGUAACUCCCCCAGUUUUAUUCCGUCAGUCCCCACUCCGCCAUUCCAUCCACUUGCCAGUCUGGUAUUUUCUUCAGAUAGCCAAUCUUUUAUUAAAAUUAAAAUUACUUUAGUUACUGACGUGAGUCAAAAGAAAAAAAAAACAAGCUUAAAAUGUUGCCAGCAAGGACAUGGAUGAAUACACAAAAAUCUCGCUUUCUCGAAAAAUGGUGUCACUCGCCACCGGAGUUAUGUUGUAAUAUUCAAGACCCGCAAUUGUGUGCAAUUCUGUCGAUCUUGAUAUGCUUUACAAGUCUCGAACCCAGAUCUAACCGUGUGACUGUAACUGCAAUUGACCGUGGAAGGUCUGGGUGAUGAAUAUGAAAGCGAUCUUCUUAGUAAUGAACACCAUUUAAGCAGUAGUGGGCAUAAGGCCUGAAAAAAAUUCAGGUCUGUUUAGGAUUUGAACCCAUGACCUUUGCGUUACUGGCGUAGUGCUCUAACAACUGAACUAACAAGCCAACUGGGUUUAUUACAACCCAGCAUAGUGCGAGACCAGCUCCCAGUUUUCAUCAAUCACUGCAAAGAUCGCGUAAAUAUUCAUUUCUGAAACCGCAGUUCACAUAUAUGAUAUUUGUACCUUCAAAGUCAAACGAGACUAAUGUUGUACUUUACUGUGACUUGAAACAGAUGCUUUGGAGGGAGGAGUUAUUACAGCAGCUACCGUUUCUAUUUUGUUGAUGCUGCAUUUUAUGAAAUGCCACAGGUAGGUUAAAUAAGAUUCGAUGUCCUCACGAUCAUUGUGUUUUUGUCUUCUUGGGAGAUAAGAAGAACAGUAUGGAAAAUAUGCAUAAUGAUGAUGAUGAUGAUGAUGAUGAAAGGGUUAAGUCUUCUACAUGUAAAUUAACAAUUGGUUCAUACGUCAGCAUGCGUUCCUCGAGAUAUGAAGCACGCGGGAAGUUUGGAGAGCACGAAAGAUGCGUAAGAGCUUCUUGAGUGUUCUCCAAACUUCCCAAGUGCUUCAUAUCUCGAUGAACGCACAGCUGAUGCAUGGACCAAUUGUUUUAUAACAGUUUUAACCCGAUGGAAAAAUUUUUUUCGCGAUGGAUUUGUUUGCUGACGUCAUGAGCGUGCACAAUAGGAAUAUGAAGCACGCUCGUGCAAUUGAAUUUGAUGAGGCAAAUUUACGAGAUAUGUCAUAAUUUACUUUGAAGGAGGAGAAAGGACUGAUAAUUCGCUAAGCUCAAGCAUCUUGCUAAAUAUCCCACUCUUUUAAACCUUUCAGAUCUCAUUAUUUCACCAAUCUUACCUGCUCAGUACUCCAUUUGAAUGAUAGCUUACAAAUAUGUUAUUUUUGAUUCAAGAGACAAUGUGUUACAGAUGUAUCGAGGCCAAAGAACUUUUUUCCAAGACGUGACUGUCUCUCCUGCGAAUUUAGUGGUGGGUUACUAUGCCUUCUGCUUCCAGUGUUGCGUUACUUUGUGCUAUAGUUCGCGUUACAUAGUUUGUGUUGCAUAAGUUUAUACGUCGCCAGGUUUUGACUGACAGUCUUGUAUGUUGCUAAGGGCCACGUGCGCCUGGAUUGGAUAAGACUUUGAGGGUUAGAUAUGAUACAAAUAUAAAAUACAGUCUUUCGGGUGAAGACAAGUGUAAUUUACGAACUAGCAAGUGUGUUAUGAUUGCAUGUGCGACAGUUACUAAUGCUCAAAACCCUGACAUCUCACGACUUUGACUUCUUUGCAGCCAGAUCUCGUUCGCGUUCGAACUUAUCAAGUCAGUAAGACAUCGGGCAAUUUUGGUUAUUGAUCAUGCUUAACCUGUUUUCUUGGAAUUAUGAGACCCUUUCCUCCAACAACGGACCCUUGGAAACGAGUUUACAUCAAAUGUUGAGUGACAACACGUGUCACUCACAACACGUGACUGCAGCAAGACAUAAAAAUGACAAAACCCGACGUCACUUACUCACGUGUACUAGUUCGAUUACAACCAAGAACUUUCCAUGUUAACAAAAGUGGUUUAUUUUUUACUGAAAACUUUAUGUUGGUCACUGUUGUUUCAGGGACAAAGUUUGUUAUUUUCUGGAUACCAGAUUGCGUUUGUUCUAACAGGUAUGUAACAGGCAUUUCUGAAAAUUUACAAUGUAAAAUAUUUUUUCUACAAGGUGUCAAAUCGUAAUGGUACUGUGAUUAACAAAUAUUUUUACCUGGGGUAUGUUGGGCUAUUUUUUAAGCUUUUCAACUAAUGACAUUUAUUAUUAUUUUUAGGAUACACUGUAUUGAGUUUUUUCCUGGCCAUCAUAGUUGUCAGCCUCACUGCCAUUUUCAAGUACAUCGAUUUUUUAGUUUCACCGGAAAUGUUAGAGGUGUACAAAAAUAUUGGACAGGCCUUUGCGUAAGUUUCAUGCUGCUAGAUUCACUGUUAAACAUGAACUUUACCAAUUUGUUUCCUUCAUUACCUUAAUCAGUUUGAAAUAAACAUUCCGUCAACAAUGGGAAAGGAGAAGGAUACUCCUUGCCCAACUGCGCAAAGUAGAGUACAAAAGACGGGCAGACAGAGGACAAUUAUCCUGUCGUACUGUACAGUUGGUUUUUUUGUAUUGUAGUGGAUACCUGUUUAACUGGUCGACUGCGCGCGACUGUGCUUCUUUGCUUUCCCCGUCGUACGCGAAAUGAGCAGAAAUACUUGACAGAAAAAAAUAAACAGUUAGAUAAUAAAUAACUUAUCCGACAUUUUGGUGUGGUAUUGUUUAGUAAUUUACUCUCUGUUUACAUUAAGGCAUAACUCGUUCACUUACUCAGCGAGAAUACACACCAAAACGUCUUACAGGAUAUAUUUAUACCUCAUAUUGAUCGAGUUCGAGGUCCAUACUGUAAUAAACGGACCGAGUACUCUGCUUAGAUUUAUGGCCCUGGUGCGAAGCGCGCGGGAGGGGGGUCAAUCUCGGUCAAUUUUUUACAGUGCUUACCUCAAACACGACUAAUCAGAGGUGGCGUCCUUCCCCUCCUCCCCUCAGUGUACGCCUUCCACCCCUAGCACUUCCAAGGGAUAAUGGAUUUUUUUUAUGAAUGCCAUUUCAGGCCACCAGUUUGCUUGGCAAUUUGCUUGUGGCUGUACCAGUUAUUCCUCACCUACUACGUAUUUCGAGACAGAGACUUUCCGAAUAUCACAAUCACUGUUGAUAACAGGCAAGUUCAUACGAAAUAAGUAAGUAUUUCAUGUGCCAUUUUUUUCCUUUUUUCUUCUUCUCCAUUUUCUUACUGAGAUGGUUUUUCCACAGACGGUUUUACUCCAUUAUGUCCUACUUCUUCUUCUUCUACAAUAUACUCCUUGGACUGUUCUCCUGCAUCAUGCGAAUUCUAAAAGGCAUGAUUUUAGGAGUGAUCUUCAUCUCUCGAAUCGACCGAACCUCACUUAUGCAGGGAUUCCAGACUUGGGACAAAGGUAUGGAAGCAAGGGGGGAGGGGUGGGGAUUAGUUGUAAACGUUAGAAAUCGGUCGUGAUGAGUCACGAUCAAUCUGCUUGGAGGUGAGCCAGGAAGAUUGGUUCGAAUUCAGCAAGUCGAGGCUUAAAAGUAAAUUCUGUAGGAGAAAUAAUUAUCAUCAAACGACGAACUCGUCUAAUAUAAUAAAAGACAAGAAAAAAACGAACGAACAAACAAAAACAAAACAAAAUGAGGCAUUUUUUUUUCUGUUCUUUUGCGUGUUCGUGGGUAUGUUUUUAGUUUGCUUGCUAUUUCAUUCGCUCAGGGUCUUCAUGGUAUCAUCUUUUUUUAACGCUAUUUUCCAGCCUUCGUGGCAUAUCUGGGAUUCAUCCACAUACUGGUGGCUCACAACCACCCUGUUAUGCUGAUGUUUUGCCAGCUGCUCAUCAACAGCAACAAGGAUCGUCAAUAUGGCACAGUGGGGAGGGAGGGUAAGGAAGAUACUAACAGUAUUAGAGGAGUAAAGGGUUUGGACUCAGGGUUUUUUAAACAUUUAGUCUUCGACUCCAUCUAAAACAAAAUGAUUAUGAUGAUAACGGUAUUGAUAACGAUAACGUUGUGGAAGGAUUAGAUUAACGAUAAAAGUUGUGAUAAUAAUCGAGAUUAUGAUGAUGAUAAUUAAAGUGAUAACGAUGAUGAUGAUAAUUGUAGUGAUAACGAUAAUGAUGACGAUGAUGUUGAUUAUUAUUACCAUUAUAAAAUGAUAAUCGAGCUGUUUGUUGAGCACUGAAGAAACUGAAGUAAAAUAAUUGUUCAAUAUCUUAACUUUUCAAAUUUAUUUCCAAUGAAAACAUAAAAAAGCUUUAAUGCCUGUAAAUAUAAGGAAUUGAAUAUGGAAGCGAUCUUCGAAGUAAUGAACAAAGAAAUUCAGGCCUGACAGGAUUUGAACCCAUGACCUCUGCAAAGCCUUUACAGCGCUCUACCAACUGAACAACUGAACCGGAAACGCAGUGAAGCGCAACUAAUCAGGGGGCGUAGGGCAUUUUAACAGCCUCUUCGGGCAGGCGUCUUUUCUCCCCUCCCCCGCCCCCCUACCCCCACUGUCCACUCUAACUGCAAAUCAAAAAUUGUCGGUCGAACAAACGAUCGCGAGCUUUUAGCGGCAGCUCGCACUAACAAGACGCCUGCACUUCAGGCUAUCGAAGUAAUGAACAAAAAAAUUCAGGCCUGUACAGGAUUUGAACCCAUGACCUCUGCAAUGCCUGUAUAGCGCUCUACCAACUGAACUAACAAGUCAACUGGGGGCUGGUAAUUAUAUUGGUUCCAAAUAAACCCGUCUAUAAGUAGUGUUCAAUGCUGCGAAGAUCGCUUCCAUAAUUUAUUUAUCCGCAGUUCAUGUACAUGAUUUUCAUUUAUAUUUACGGUCAUUUAAUCACCACCCUUAUCAGUUCGAGCAAGUAAUUUUCGUUAUGGCGGAUAUAUAGAAAUUGUAUACUUUCGGGAGUUUUUCGUCCAUCGAUGGAUCAUCUUUGUUCACUCUAGAGUUACCAGGCCUAUGUGUACAAAAUUCGCAUUCAGAGGAUCAGAGUUCUGCUGGUGAGUUUCGUCGCUUUUAUCUUGUCCCUUUUUGGGAAGAAAAAACAUUGGCGAUUAGUUGUGCCACCAGUGUAACAUGUAAUGACAAACUGUCAUUUCUUUGUUUUUGCUUCUGUAUUUGUUUGUAAGUUUGUUGUUUGUUUGCCUUUUCCAAAAAUACAGAACAUUAUGUCUAGCUUGGGCAACUUGCUUUAAGAUUUGAGGAGGAAGUUUGUUUCAUUCGUCUUUUUUUCGGAUUCAUUCUAGUACACGUGAGUAAGUGACGUCGGGUUUUGUCAUUUGCAUGUCUUGCUGCAGUCAAGUGCACGUCUGUUGCCACUCAACAUUUGAUGUAAAACACCUUCAUAGCAUAUUCAACACAUUCUUAAAAGGUGAAAUUGUUUAAGAAGUUUGAAGGACCAUCUACCUAGUCUCCUUCUUGGCCGUUUUUUGUCACGUUCCGCAGCGCGAUCUAUUGGAGGGGAGAGAGGGCGUUGCGUUACGAUAUCAAACAACAGCUGCGACCUACAUUAGAUUGCGACCUAGACUAGUUGGCUUGACUGGUAUUCCAUACCAACCAAACCAAUCGCUUUGGCUUUGUUUUGUUUACUUUUUAUUUAAUUUUUGUCUGUUUGUUUAUUGAUUUUUCUUGUUUUGUUAAAGGUCAUCCUGAGGCCCGUGUAUUCCGGCCACCACACAUGUCUCACCAGGCGAUCAACCGCUGGUUCCUUGCUUUCACGCUUCUUCGAAAUCCCUCUCUCGUGAAGUAUCGCCGGCGGUGUGCCAGAGAAGCCAAAAAAUGUAGCGUCUCUAUUAAAGAUGCAAACUAUGGAUCCGUCACACCGAUUUGAUCUCGGUAAUUUCUUUUUCCAAAUUGAUUCACCCAAUAAUAAAAAUAGAACUUCCAGCUGAAGUAACAAUUCGAAGGGUAAUUGGUCUCGCUCGUCGCAAUCUUCUAUUCAAAACUUUCAACUCUGUUGUAGUCUUGUAUGUGAGGAUCAGAUCUGUGUAUAGUGUCUUAUAUAGGUAGCAGUUUAUAACUGCGUGAAAAUGCACCUGGCUAUUAUUGCCGUAUUACAAUUCUUAAUUCUUUUUUUGUCCCUCGCCAGAAAAAAGGUGAACCCUCUCGUCCCUUGUCCGAUUAACCCUUUAACUCCUGUGAGUGACCAAAACAGAAUUUCUCCUUACAAUAUUAACAUAUAAUUAAGCAGAAAAGUGAGGAGAAUAAAGAAGAAAACUCAAUUAGGGGACUACAAGUUGAUCCAACACCAAAUUCAUGAGUAUUUUAUGCCAGACAGUAGGGAGAAUUACUAAUGAGAUCUUAGAAGUUCAAGGGUUAAACCCCCUUCCCACUUGUACUCCUGAUCGAAGUUCUAAGGUGAUUGAUCGAUAUUUUUACGAUGUUCUUUUUAACUGGCUGUAAGAGGACUCUUAGUUUAGCCCAA